AUGGGCCACACACCGAAAGCGACUGACUUUACAGUCGGUUGGGUUUGCGCCUUGCCCAUUGAGCUGGCCGCCGCUGCAGAGAUAAUGGAUGAGGAAUACGACAACCUCGACCCCCAGCCUCCUCCGCCACCGACCGACACAAAUGUCUAUACCUACGGCCGCAUCGGCGUCCAUCAAGUAGUUGCGGCGUGUCUCCCAGCAGGCCAGAUGGGCAAUAACCAGGCUGCCGUCGUCGCCAGCCAAAUGCGCAAUAGCUUUCCUGCCUUGCGCUUUGGCCUACUAGUCGGCGUCGGUGGUGGGGUGCCGUCCGGCGAAUAUGAUAUCCGCCUCGGCGACGUAGUAAUCAGCCAGCCUACGGGCCAGCACGGUGGAGUUAUACAGUUCGACUUUGGCAAAACAGGCCUCAACGGCCGGAUCUCGCGGACUGGGAGUCUCAAUGCGCCGCCACCAAUCCUCCUUAACGCCCUGGCUAAACUGCGCGCAAACGACAUCCGGGGCAAAACCACAAUUACUCAACAUCUAUCUAAAGUGUCGAGCAACCGGAAGUUCGCUUGCCCAGCGGAUGAGCACAAGAAUAAGAAGUGGCAAGCUUACGCUGCGGCCACAGCUGCGGCAUACGCGAAGGAGUUAUUGAGCAUAGUUUCGCCGAGCAUUGAGAUGUCAAAGGCGCCUCAAGUCAAAGCUCCAGAGACAAGUAGAGCUGUACCCCAGGCCAAUCCAUCAAGGCCAGCCUCGCGAGGGAGGAGAAUACAACAUUACAUCGUUCCAAUAUCUUCAAGUAGUAUAUACACUGGUCGGGAGAGUGAACUUGAAACUGUGCGUCAAGCAUUCGAAUCGACAACCGCAAACUUACAAAAACGUUUCGUUAUCUAUGGAGGACCUGGGACAGGAAAGACAGCGCUAGCUCUAAGAUACGCUCAGGACUCAGCGGUAGGCUACUGGGGUGUUUUCUGGAUUGACGCCAGCAACCUGGCCAACGCUGAACAGUCUUACGCUGAGAUUGGAAAACAGGUGGGCACUGACGGAAAGAUCAAUUCCGUCAAGUACUGGUUCUCAGCUCGUCCGCACUCUGAAUCGUGGCUUCUCAUCAUCGACAAUGCGGAUUAUUCUGGACAUGAUGGCGUGCGCCUUGAUGACCUUUUUCCUCCAGGAAUCAAUGGUAGCGUACUGGUAACCACGAGGGACCCAUACCAGAGAAGCCACGGUACAGUUGGAAGCAGACAUCUUGAGCUGGGGAAUAUGAUAAGCGACGAUGCCAUCAAUCUGUUUCUCCAGGCAACCGAGGAGAAACCCAGUCAGACAUCUCGCCAAAGAGCAAUGGAGAUAUGUGAGCGUUUGCAUUUCCUCCCGCUUGCUAUUCUAUAUGCAGGACGGGCAAUCCAUAAGAACCCUUCACUUGCUAAGGGCUACGAGCGGUACUUCGACAGCAAGAUUCAGCGUCUCCGUGACGACUGGUAUCGACAUCGUCGAAACAGUCCAGGAGUGGCAACAAAAGAUUAUUUAGCCCUACAAUUCGAGGAUGAUACCAGUAGAAUAUUUGCCACCUUCGAAAUGCUAGUAGAUCUUCUCGAAACUCGAGCCACAGAAGGAAACCGACAGUACCAGGAUGCACUGCAAAUGAUCCACGUCUUCUCGUAUAUGCAUUUUCAAGACAUCCGCCUAGAAAUGCUCAUCGAUGCUGCCGUCAACCUGGAAUUGGAGGCCACACAAGAACAAGAGGAAAAGAGAAAGGAGGAACAUGCAUUGCAACAAUUGAAUAUCAACACCAAGCAGACGCGGCAAUCAAACGCAUAUAACCUUGUUCGCGCCAUGCUCUGGGGGCAGAAAUCGCCCGCUGUUCUGCCUGAGGUUCUAAAAAGUCCGGAUCACCACACAGGAGAGAUGCUGAAGCAUGUAGUCAGCGAGAAUCUCAAGAACUCGCUCCAGGUCUUGGUGUCGAUGUCGUUGCUCAUCCGACACGGAAGGGAUGGCCACGAGUCAUACCGCAUACACCCACUAGUCCAUCAGUGGAUUCGCCAUCGGCCUCAACGAUCAAUCGCAGAGCAAGCUCUGUUUUGCCAGCUUGCAAAAACGACGCUGGCGCGUGCCUCGAGAUUAAUAGGCGGUGACUCAAAGGACGAGCUCGCAAAGCGCGGCCCUUUGAAACCUCACAUAGACCACGCACGUAGAUGUUGGACCCAGGUCCAAUCCGACAUUGAAAAUCAGCGACAGCAGAGCCGCUGGACCUGGCUACCUGGGAGAUUCAAACUCAUGCGAGCCACAUUUGGUCCGCUGCAAGCAUCCGAAACUGCUAGAUUUGGCAAGAUUUACUUGGAUUGCGGUGCAUUUGAAGUUGCGGAAGGCCUGUUUAGGGAGGUGCUCGACUAUUUACUACGUGUUAUGGGUCCUGAUCACAACUUCACUCAUCGCGUCAAGUUGGCUUUGGCCGUUGCUGUAUUCUAUCAAUCCCGUCGCAAUGAGCAGAGUGAGCUAUUGAGUCAGAUUUACGAGUCUCAAAAGAGAUCUCUAGGCCAUCAACAUCCUCGCACAUUGGAUACUAUGACUCUGCUUGCCGAGUGUAUCCUUCACCAGACCCGCAUCACCGAAGGGCUGGCUCUGUGUGAAGCAGCCCUUCAGGGCUUACUGAGGGCGUACGGGCACGACCAUAAAGCCACAUUGAGAUGUCUAUACUUGAUUGGGAAAGCGUAUCACUGGAAGAUGGAGAAUGAGAAAUCCGAGAAAUAUCAUCAAGACGCUUACAAAGGCGCACAGAGGCUGCGGGGCACAGUUGACGCGGUCCCAGAGGACGAUUUCCUCAUGUUCAAGCAAGAAUAUGCAUUGGCAACAAUUCGCUUGGGGUCGACAUAUCAUGAAGCAGCAGAAAGACUCCAGCGAGAAGUCCUUGCGGAGCGAAUAAGGCUUUCGGGUGUGGAAAACCUGGUUACUUUGCAAGCCAGGGCAGUUCUGUCCCGUAUCUGGGCACGGCAGAGACGUUACGCAAAAGCUUACAACGACAUGGAAGAGAACUUGAACAUUGCUUUGCGGCAACUUCCUGUUGAUAAUAUGCUGAUACUUGCCGGUAAAACAUGGUUCGCCGAUGCGCUCGUGCAAAGAGGCACAGUUGAUGAUUUGGCUCGCGCUCAAACACUCCUCACACCUGCCUUAGAAAAGGCAAAAUAUGCUAAUGCUGCAGGCCCAGAUGGUGAGCAUGUAGAUCACAUCACAGCGAUGUGGGUUUCUAUCAAUUGCCUUGCGAAGCAGCACAGAUUCGAGGAGGCAAUGCAUAAGUGUCUUGAACUCAGGGCUGGCAUACAUGGAGUCGGGAAUCACGGCUUCGGCGCGAAACAUAUCUUCAAUAACGAUCUGAACAAAAUGAUGGCCCAACUGGCCCAGCGGAUACAAGCCAACGAAAGUGGCACUAAGCUGGAACCAUUUGAAUAUAUAGACAUCUAUUUCUAA